CACACUGUCAGAUAUUGUUUACGUGUUUUGCUAGGCGACUUCUGUGUUGUUUUUUGUUUUAAAAAAAUAUGUCAUCCUGGAUUACAGGACUGGCGGACAAAGCCGAAAACAUUCUUAACAAGCUCGACCAAAAUGCGGCCACGGCGCUCCAAACAGACAAUCCAACCGGGUCAGCGGAUCCCAUGCGAAGGAGCAUGAACAGUAGCACCCAAUCUCUGUCGCUGAAGUCCACUCUCUCGCCAGCGAGGCGUUCGGUUGCCAACAGCACGUCGAGUGUCAAGAGCGAGGGCAGCGGUUCUGUGGUCACCAAGGAAAUGCGCCAUAAGAUGACCGCAUCGACCAGUUCCUCAAACACGCCUGAGGGCAACUCCAUGGACACCCAUGAACUGGCUGCUUUCAAGAUUGCUCUGAACGAGAUCACGGCCGAGAGGGAUGAGCUGCGUCUUCGUUUGAACGAACUCAACCAUGACAGCGAGAAUUUCGCAUUGCAGCAGCGGAGUCAGGAGCUGGAAACUCUGGCCCAAACCCUCUCGGAGGAGAGAGACAAGGCGGUGCACGAUCUCAAUGAAGCGCAGACUGCUCAUAUGUCCUACGUGCACUCCAUUUCCGAGCUAGAAACCAAUCUGGCAAAACUGCAGCAGGAAUACAUGAGUGCUGCCCACAAGCUUCAGAUGCAGACAAAGGAAACCGAGCAGCAGCGUCAGGAACUGCAGGAGUACCGCACCAAGGCCCAGAGAGCCUUGCAGGCCAAGGAUGCCCUCAUCGCGGAGCUCAAAGCACAACCAGUAGAUGAAGGUGGGGAUUCAGGCCUGGUAGCCAAGGACAGCGAGACGCGCUUCUUGCAAAUCGAAUAUGAUUCUUUGAAACAAGAGCUGGAGCACGCCAAUGAGGAGCUCCAGAAGGCUCGUCUACAGCUGGACGAUUACCUAUCGCAGGAAAGACAACGCCAAGUGGAGCUUAGCUCGGCGCUCCAGCGCGAGGAGACAUUAGCCAAGGAGCUCCGCCAAUCUCGAGAGCACAGCGUGACCUCCGAAUCCGAGCAGCGCAUUCUGACCCAGGAACUCUCCUCGCUGCGGCAGCAGCUCAGCAACCAAAUGGCCGCAUCCGCAACACGCCUGCAGGAGAAGGAGCUACAGCUGCAGCAGAUGCGCCAGCGGCUCAGCGAGGAUGCCAACAGUGGAGCCAAGAACGACUACGAGGCCCGGCUUAAGGCACUCACCCAAUCGCUGGUGGAACGGCAAGGCCUCUUGGAGCGCGUCACAUCCGAGAGAAAUGCCCUGCGACUGCAGCACGAGAAGAUCCAAGGGCAGCUUCAGCAAAAUAUGCAUCUGGUGGAGAUGGAGAGCCAUAGAGGUGGCAACCGCAACUCCAUGCUUUCCAACAGCACGGACGAUGCCAAGGCCCAAUUUCCGCUGCUGAUGCACCCGAGUCCCUUCGACAAUCGUGUGGCUCGCCGAUUUAAGCGCGCCCUGCGCCAGGCGGACUCCAUGGGCAUCAGGGUGGGCGCCUUCCUAAGACGCUAUCCCAUGAUGCGUGUCUCUGUGAUCGUUUAUGUGGCCCUGCUCCAUCUCUGGGUCAUGUUUGUGCUGCUGUCCACGACGCCAAACUAAUCGAAUAGCUUCUAGUUAAUUGAGCAAUUGUUUUAUUUUUAAAUAUUGUAUUUUACACGCGAAAAAUUUGAUAUCUAGGAGUACGAGUAUAUGUGUGUCAUGUUUGUGAUUACAGCAAUUGUAUAUAUCCGUUAGUAUACUUGUUGUGUAUGUGUGUUUCGCACUCGAUCUAAAUUCAAUAUUCAAUAAACAUCAACUAUGUACAGAAA